GCUGGGAUAUGCCAACCGGCAAGCAUUACGAUCCAGCAAUCACCGGGAAGACGCAAAAGCCCAGCAUGUGGGAUUCUUGGACGAGAUCAGGGGCCUGAAGGAAGUUAGCGUUUGGUUUGUGUUGUCCACACUUGGCAAGCUGACGCAUCUGAACAACCAGCUGGCGACUCAUUUCAGGACCUACUUCCAGAUGGCGGCAGGUGAUGCGUCGGCCCUUGCUGGAGCGUUCGGUUAUGUCUUGGUGAGGUUGCAUGCAAGAAUUGACCAAGCCAGGAACCUCUUUGCUCGAUCCCUUGGCGGAAUCACUAGCGACCUGAUGUACAAGAACUUUGCGUUCCGCGGACGCAUUUGGGCCCAGUUCUUGGUGCUGUUCUUCGAAGCUGUGUUCCUAUUCGCAUUUGGCAACGUUGAUAAUUCCCAACCUUGGUAUGUGGCAUUGGCCGUGCUGGUGUGCUUCUCCCUAUUCGUCCAGAUGGAUGCAUUGACGCCAUUCAAAGUCCAUGCCGGUUACGUCAUGUUCUGGGCGUUGCUGAGCCCGUGCUACUACUGGUCCGAGUACGGAGGGAUGUUUAUGGGCCCGGCAGCAACCUCCGAAAAGAGCAAAGGCCAGAUCAGCGACUCCGAGAUGUCAACUGAGGCACCAAGCGAGCGCUGUUAA